UGUAAAUAAAAAAGAUAAGUGUAAAUAAAUUGAAGCAUCGAAACGCCAAAAUUAUCGUUUUGCGUCGAAAAAUAUAUAAAGUGAUCAAUACAUUUAGAGACCAUAGGGAGCCCAAGGAUCCCAUUUUCUCUUCCUACAGAUACUUGUAGAAGGAAUAUGAAAAGCCUUCUAACCAAGCAGUUCGCUCAGACUGAUGUGAACGUGAACACCCUCAGGAUCAAGUAGUCCUGUCAACCUUACUUGAACAUGUCAAGCAGUCCUUGGAUACAACAGUCAUCAUCACAGGCUCUCAGCUCAUGUUAACAUGAACAAUCUUGGAGUUCAACAUCCAUCACAGCCUACUAUGAACACAAACAGCCAUGUAUCACAGCAGCUCUUUCUGCCUCCUAUGAAUAUUAACAGGCCUCCUAUGAACAUUAACAGCCUUGGAGUGCAUCAGUCCAGUCUUCCUACUGUGAACAUGAACAACCUUUCACAGCUUAGAUUUCCUUUUGUCAUUUAUCCUGUGAACAAUCUGUGUAAUAUGGUGCAAGUUCCAAACAAUAUAAUGUUUCCCUCAAAAAACAAUGCCCAAAAUGCUGAAAAUCAUAUGACAGAAGCUGAUACCAAAACUACCACCUUAUCCAAUCCCAAUCUCAAUCACAGUACUGAUAUUGCACCAGUUACCAUGUCGUUUUACCAAAAUUCUGCUGUUACUGUCUCCAACUCAAAUGUUAUAAAUAAUACAACAGUCAACAACUUAAAAAUUCUGAACAGUGGUGUACCUGAAGGUGCUCUUAAUCAUUGUGUAAAUGUGCAGACACCAGGGCUUCUGAAACAAGUUUUAAAUGUUCCUAAUGCAGUGGCCCCACUCUUGUUGGUACCAAACAGUGCUGCAAAUCUGGCCGUAACCAAAAAGUGUUUCAAGAUAAAAUUGACACCAAUUAGGCCUGCACCCCAGAAAAAUUCCACAACAGUCAACUUUAGGCCCACACAAGGCACAGAGUCCGAGAACAAAACAUCACCUGAGAACACCUCAAAAAUAGUAUUACCAGCAGAUGUAGAGGUUACAGAACAGAGCUUUCAAGUCAUUUUUCAACCAGUUCAGGAGCAAGAUUCAUUGCCAGAAUUGGAAAGAGUUCAAGUAAAAGUGGAGGAAAACCUAGUGGAAAAUGAAAUCCAGCCUACCACCCCUAUAGGAGAAGAUGAAAGGGUUGGAAAUAGCCUAGAGGCAUUACAGAAAUGUGGCAAGAAAAUACCUGAAUAUGAUAAUUAUGGAAGAAAAAUUACAAAUGUAGAGGCAUCUGCUCAGCAUGAACAUGACAAAGAGGAAAGAAAUAGCAAACAUAAGGAAAUAGGAAACAAGCCAAAAACAAUCAUAGUCAUGAUUGGGCAAAAUAAAAAAGGGGCUGCAGUGCAUCCAGGUUCUGUGAGAUUUAGUCAAAAGACAUCUGUGAAGAGGGUGAAUAAAUCCUAUGAUUCUGUGGAUUGUGCAAAAAACCAUGAGAAAAAAUCUUCAGAUGAUUUGCAUCUGAAACAGUCAAACAACACUGUUAAAUCACAGAAAUGUAAUUUUUGUGGUAAAGCUAAUGCUUUAUCCUCUUUCCUUAGACUCUCUUACACAAGAAAUAAACAAUUAGCCUGUGAUAAAUGUCUUAAAACAAACAAUUCAAAAUACCAUCUUAAAAAAUAUCAGAAAAAACGUGAGCCUGAGAGGUUUCCAUGUGAUGUUUGUGGAAAGAUUUUGAAGAGGAAGUGGAAGCUGGAAGACCACAUGAGACUACACAGUGGUGAAAGGCCAUAUCCCUGUGAAACUUGUGGGAGAAGAUUUUAUAGUCAGAUGGCCAGAAGUCGACACAUGGAUACCCACAAUUCCUCAAGAAAAAGACUGUGCGAGAUCUGUGGGAAAUUCAUCAAGUGGGGGUCGUCAUUGCGACUUCAUCAGAUAAGACACAGGAUCCAUGAUAAUGUGAGCACGAAAGAAAGAUCCGACAUUGCAGACAUUCCCUAUGUUUGCGAAUUUUGUGGCAAAGGCUUUUGUAAAAAGUCGCCCUAUGAAAAGCACAAAAUAAACAAGCAUGAACGUAAGAAGAAAGUCAAGAAAACUCCCGAUGGACGAAUGAUAUGUGACACUUGUGGAAAGUCAUUCUCCUGCAGCUCAACGUAUAGGCGUCACAUUGCCCUCCAUACAGGAAAGAUGAAAGUAACUUGUGAAAUGUGUAAUAUGGUGAUGCAUAAAAAAUCCUUGAAGAGGCACAUGUUGAAAAUACACAAAAAAACUUAA